AUAUUUUUUUCUUUAAUAAACUCUUCAUAAGCGUUCAUGCUAAUGGCGGAAGCGGCGGAGUACCAGGGUAGAUACUUCAGCGACGCCUUCAGUUCAGUAAAAGUGGUUUUGUGAGUUGGUUUUGCUGUGAAGUUCUGGUCUUCAGGAGGAUUUAUAAUCGGACUUUCCUCCACGUCACUCUUCAUAUUUGGGGAAACCCGACGUUGCGGCGGACUCUCCUGACAUUUCGGCCGCAUGAUCCCGUCUGAGCGUCUCGGGGAGUUUCACAAAUGACGGACACGAAGAUGAACGAAGGGAAAAUGAACAUCGGUGCUCUGAGAGAAGACGUCUUGAACAGGCUGUCAAAGAUGUUGGACAACUCCACCCGCGGGUGGAAGCAGCUCGCCAACGCGGCGUCUGCAGACCCGCAAUUCCGCUGCAGUGAAAGGGACCUGACCAGCUGCUCCCUGCAGGUGCUGAGUGCUGUAGGCAGUCCAGGACGCACCCUCCUGACUUGGCUGGCUGAUCGGUCCUGCUCCCUGGACUUCCUGCUUCACUGUCUGGAAAAGAUCGAGCACAAGGAAGCUGUGCAGUUACUCACCACCGCAGCGGAGCAGAUUGAGGUGACAAUACAGCCUCAGUCCCAGCAGGGCGCAGCUGGAAGCAAGGUGGUCCUGACCUGUAGGGCCUCUGGUCCCUCUGGACUCAGCUACCAGUGGUUUAAAGGCAAAGAAGAGAUUUUGGGUGAGACAGGGAGUUUGCCAGAGCUGGUUUUGUAUCCUUUGGGCCCAGUCCACCGGGGUCACUAUAUCUGCAGAAUCAACAAUGGAGAAAGCUGCAUCUUCUCUCAGUGGGCUCAGGUUGACUUGGUCCCUUCUACUGGCUCCAGUCCAGGCUGCAGCAGCAGCCUGUUUCCAGGUUCAGUGAGUGGUCUGCAUAUCACAGUCCAGCCUCAGUCGCUGGCAGCGUCUGAAGGUGACACUCUCUCACUGAAGUGCAAAGCAGAGGCCAACCCCCCUGCCCAGUAUGAGUGGUACCGCAAUGGAGAGCUCAUGCCACAGCAUAAGACAUGUUUGAUCAAAAUCCCUUGUUUGACCACAGCCCACAGAGGACAGUACAGAUGUAAAGUGUUCAAUUUGUAUCACGAGGCCUGGAGCGACGUAGCAACAGUCAGCAUUGGUCCAAGUUCCAUUGUUGAAGCAUCUUGGGUGGAAGUCGAUCGUGGUUUAGAGUCACAGGAAGAAGUCCACAGAUCCACGUUUGAAGAUGGAGUUCACCCACUGCAACAGAUACGAAGGUCGUCCUCAUCAGCCAAGAAUUUUUAUGCCACAGACAAAGUCGCUCUCCUGAUUGGGAACAUGAACUAUCACUACCACAGGCAGCUGUGUGCUCCCAUCGCAGACGUUCACGAACUGACCAACCUUCUCAGGCAACUGGAUUUUAAGGUGGUUUCUCUGCUCGACCUCAACCACCAGGAAAUGUGCAGCGCUGUCACUGAGUUCCUAAUGCUGCUGGACAAGGGAGUCUAUGGCCUGCUGUAUUUUGCCGGUCAUGGCUAUGAGAACUAUGGCAACAGUUUCAUGAUGCCCAUCGAUGCACCGGCCUCUUUUACAUCAGAGCACUGUCUGUGUGUUCAGAACAUACUCACCAGAAUGCAGGAGAAAGAGACGGGACUCAACGUCUUCCUGUUGGAUAUGUGCCGCCGAAGGAACCCUUUUGAUGAUAUCAUUGUACAGCCCGGACUGCUGAAAGUGACGGCCAAUAUAGUGUUUGGUUAUGCAACAUGCGUUGAUGCUGAAGCGUAUGAAGUGGCACAGCAGGAGAGGGAAGUGGCCAAUGGCAUCUUCAUAAGCUUUCUCAAACGGCGAGUUUGUGAGGACGAAAAAGUCACUGCCAUGCUUGACCGAGUUGCUGAAGAUAUGGGUCGCUGUGUGAUCACACGAGGGAGGCAGGCUCUGGAACUGCGAAGUAAUUUGUCUGAGAGACGCUCCCUCACAGAUCAGAUACAGACCGCUGAAUGUUCUGCUUCAUAUUCGGCGCGAAACCUGCAAUGGGCUGUUGCUCAUGUCCUUCCUCCAAGUCAUUCCCUCCAGUUUGACUGUGGAGUGAGAGUUCAGCUGGGGUUUGCUGCGGAAUUCUCCAACGUCAUGGUCAUUUACACUCGGAUACUUGAAAAACCAAACGAAAUUACUUCCUGCUCUGCUCAGCUCACUGAUUUCCCCGAGGAUGUCGAUGUUGAUCUGAAGAAGAGUAACCAGGAGACUUUGCUUGAAGCUGGCAGUUUACUGCUGUUCCCAGAAGACCUGCCCUCACCAGAGGCUCCCAGUCUUUACACACGUGUCCGCUGCCUGCAGAGACUUAAGAGGGAACUCACCUUCACAGUCUGUCUUCAUUACACUUACUCAAACAUGGAUGAUGAAGUACAAGAAAACCAAUUGGUUACAGUUGGCAAACCUCUGGUCUCCAAACUCAAUCUGCAUGAACCCAGACCCUCUCCCAGCAGCUCUGGCUCCUCAUCUGUCAGCCUCGACUCCUUUGAUGUUCCUGAGUGCUCCUUCUUUGCUAGGGAGAGUGCCUCUCUCGAAUCAGCUUUUUAUUGCGCACCAACUGAAAGGGCAUCUUCUUCCCACUCUGGCUCUCUGGCUUCAUCCCGGACUGCCAAUGAACCAGAGGAGACAGACUGUCCAGAUCUAUUUGACACUCCUCGACCUCUUGUUGCCAGCAAAAGCUUGCCCCAUGGCCAAGUAAAUGGCACAAACCACAAAUUCAGUGACACGGACAAUUUCCACUCCUGCUAAAUACAUUGUUCAAUCACUAUGGACUGAUAAACCUUUUAACCUUUCUAACAGUGACACUCACAACAGAGGACACACUCUAGUCUAGAUCAUUCAAUCAUUUCACCAGCCAUGGCAUAUCCACCAGUGUGUCCCCUGUUGUUGACUUGGUUGUGUAGGACCACAAUUGUACAUUUUUUUUAAUGUCACUGGUUUUGUGGUCAAAUAUUUAUUUUAUUUUCAAAGACAAAUUAACUUUUGAACAAAAAUACAGCGACUGAUAACAUUCCAUGGAUCAGUAUAUUUUCACCAUAGCAGUAGAAAUGGUCGGUAAGUUUAAAAUGAUGGGGCGCAUGUCACAUAAAUAAAACAAAACCAAUAGAGGAAAAGGUGAAAAAAGAAAAGAAGAUUAAAAAAAAUGUAAUUGGUUUUGUGAAUCAGGAUACCUCUGUGAGAAUUGUCAGGAAACGCCAUGAGAAACCAGAAGUUUCAAUGAGCUUUUCAACAAUAAGUCAUUUUAUCUGCCUCCUGUGGUUUCAUAACGGACAAUUUUAACAGAAAACCUAAAUAAAAUCAAGAUGCAUUUGCUCCUCUAAAAGUGAAAAAAGGUUCAAAUAAAACCCACAUGCCCAUAGAGAAAUUAUGAAAUUAGACAGUUUAAAAGAAAUUGCAGGAUAGCUGAUUGUGAAUGGAGGAAAAACAAUCUUUUUGUUUGAAUGAAUUGUCAAAUUUGGCAAGAGCAACUGAAAAUUUACAAACAGGAAAGAAAGAAGUACUUUGCUAUACUAAUCACUCCUUGUUAAAAUAAUCCUGAUCAAUCCUGAUUUGAAUGAAAACCCACUUCAUACUUGUAUGAAGAAUUGCAGAAAACUCCAGGUGAAAAUUUGAUUUUAUUAGAUCUAAUAUUUUAUCCAACAACAACAGAAAAAGCAGCAUUUCUUUAAUGAAACUGAAGGUCUGUUUACAUAUGGUUUUUAUUUACUCCUUUAUUUGUCUUUGCCAGAGGUUGGAUAUCACUGUUUCUAUUUAUUUUUUUUAAUCUGUAGGGAACUUUGUGCUGUAUUUUGUGGUUUAACAAGUGCUAUAUCAAUAAAGAUUGA